AUGAAUAGCAACAAUAUCGAUCAUCAAGGUUAUUGGGAUGAAUUACCUUCGCAAACCCAAUUAAGACGAAUCAGAGAAGAAAAAAAAUGGAAUCCUAUUCAACAGCAACUAAAGAAGAAACGACAUUGUCGUGGUAAUCGAAAGUUACAACGCUUCCGAAAUGCAUGUCGAGCAAAAGGAUUGUCGGAUCAAAGAAUAAAAAUGCUAAUAGAAAUGCAUCAAGCCAACAAGUCAAUACAGAAACAAAAAGAGGACAUUUCUACAUUGAAUUCAAGUCAUACAAUCAAAUCUUCAAUCGAUAAAAAUCAGGAUCAAUUCAAUAAAUGUCAAACUACUACUAGGAUGAUUCCAACUUCUACAUCAACACAACCGAUGAAAGUCAAUCAUCUGUCAAAGGAGGAUUGGAGACAGUCAUCUCAAUUAAUACCAAAUUAUUACCGAUUGUCACUUGAUACAUUUAAACAGAUAAUCUUAAAAAAUAUUCCUACAACUCACUAUGAUCAGAUUCAACAAUGUUUAACAAAUAUUGAAUUGUUAAAAUAUAUUAAAAAACUUGCUAAUUUAUGGUCUCAUUUUUUUCAAUUGAAAAUUGAAGAAGAUUAUUGGAAUUAUGUAGACAAUUUGCAUUUACUUGUCAUUAUUUGGUUAUCCGAAGAUGUAUCAAAAGAAAUAAUCCAAGAAAAUUCUAUCGAUUGGGACCCUAAUAGAACAAAAACAAAUGUUCGAUAUCGAAAAACAGAUGUUCAAAACAAAUUACAACAAAUCGAAUAUAAUUUGUCGAAGCAUCAAUCUCAACUUUCAUCCAAGUUCAACCUACAAAAUGAAACACAUGUGAAAGAUUCAAUCGACAUCGUAAUGAAAACAUUUGCUAUUAUUGUACAAAAUGAUUUGAAUCCUUUCCAUGUGCAUUUUCACCAGAAGAAACUCUUGGUACAUUUUAAUUUUCAUGAUGCAUAUCUAGUGAAAUCAUUCUAUGAUUUAGAUCCAACUGAAGAACAAAUUCAUCUUGUUCGAAAAAUUUGGCGAGCUAAAUUAAAUUCAUGUGAACGAGUUCUCUGUGAAAAAAUGAAAAGAAAUUUUCAAGAUAACAAUACAAUAGUCAACAUGAAUCUACUGUCUAUCGAUGAUUUCGUUCCUGUCAUGCGUGCCAUUAUUGAAGCACGUCUCAUCACUAUCGAACAACGUACACAAUUCAUCAUGGAAUUUAUCAAAACUCCUUCUCAAUAA